AUGAUCUUUGAAUCCAAACUUCCUCUACCCUCCGUACCCAAGACUGAUGUGUUCAACUACAUCUUUCACCAGGGCAGACGACCAUAUCCAUGGAGUCGAGUGCUCUACCGCGUCGACCAGACCGGUGAAACCCUGACGCUGGCAGAGCUCGAGGAGAAAAGCCGACGCUUAGCUGAUGCUCUUCGCUCGGAGUAUGAUAUCAUGCCCAAGGAUGUCGUCGGCAUUUUCGCCAAGGACAGGAUCCAAUAUCCAAUCGCCUAUUUUGGCGCUUUGGCCGCCGGAGCUACGGUGGCCCUCAUCCCUGUGCAGCAAGAGAUGUCCGAAACGGACAUUGCGACUCGACUAGUGCAGUCGCAGGUGAAGCUGCUUAUCACCGACAGCGACCUAUUGCUCCUCGCCGAGGUGUCGACGAACUUAGCCGGCGCUGUUCGCCUAAUCACGCUCGACGACAGCCCGAACCAAUUGUGGGCAUCUCUGGAGCGUCUUCUUGCACGCGGCCGCCCUGACGCUGACCUCUUCCGGCUAGAAUCGGAGGCCGGCGCAGAGGAGUAUGAUGCUUUUCUGAACCGCACGAGCGGGUCCACGGGGAACGUCAAGUCCGUACUCACCAGCCAUGCCCAUUUCAUUGCCACGAUGGAAGGUACCAUCGGCACGAUUCCGGACAAUACUGACCCAGACCAUGAUGUCUGGCUCUCGCCCCUGUCACUGGGAUUUUUCAUCAACGCCAAGCUCAACAUGGGCCUCAACAUCCUGCUGGGGAUCCCCGUGGUACUCAUGAACGGUCCCCUCGAUGAGACGACCGUUGACGUGAUCGGCCGGCACAAGGUCAGCUUUCUCUUCAUCACACCCCCGAUUGCAGCCCGCCUGGCGCGGACUGACUUCCAAGCGUCCGGCGUCGACGUCAGUAGUGUCAAGUGGCUCCUCACGGCUGGCGCCCCCAUGCACGAAAACCUGCGGCAGACGGUUUCCAACCAAUUCGGGGGCGUUCACUUGGACCUCGAAUGGGGCACCUCCGAGACCAUGCUCAUUGCAAUCCAGCGCGACGACGACUCCCGCCGCAGUGGGUACAGUGGCACACUCGUGAACGGAAUGCAAGCCAAAGUCAUCAGCACGGUCACCGGCCAGGAACUGGGAGUGGGCGAGGCUGGCGAGAUUCUGGUGCGCAAUCAGCUGUGUCGAUUCAAGGGCUACAAGGACAACGAGGUGGCCAAUCGCGACUUCGACUCCGAAGGCUGGUUCCACACGGGGGACUAUGGGCACCUCGACGAGAAUUGCAACGUCUUCAUCAUGGAUCGGAUCAAGGAGCUCCUCAAGGUCGGGGGCGGUUACGGGACGCACAUCUCCGCUGCGGAGCUGGAGGCCGUGGUGUUUGAGCAUCCCGCGGUGGCAAGUGUCGUGGUCGUGGGCAUUCGCAAUGACUUCACCCAGCUGGAUGAGCCUACCGCGUUCGUGAUCCUCAAGCCCGAGUAUCAUCAGAAUCCCCAACUCACCCACCAGUUGGAGCGAGACAUUCUACACUUCGCCAACCAAAAGCUCACCGGGCUUCGGAAGCUGACGGGUGGUGUCCGGUGCCUCUCUCACUUUCCCACGACAGGAUUCAAGAUCAAUCGGAGGCAACUCAAGCAGAUGGGCCAUGCGGCAGGGCAGGAUGUGGCCAAUGGCCUGUUUCCUUCCUCUGUCCCAAAUUACGUGCAAUCGGUUUGA